AACCCCUGGCCCCCUCCCUGCUCAGGGGCACUUUGGGCGCGGGGCGAUUCGCGUCUCGCGUGGCGGUUUCCCCCGGGCCCGACCUCCACCCCUCCACCACCUCGGCCGGGAACGGCGCCCCUAACCCCGCGGGUAUUUCAGGCAAAGGCGGGCUGCUGAAGUUGCUCCGCAGCGGAAGGCACGGCACCCGGCACGGCACCCGGCACGGCACCGGCACGCCAGCCGGCAUGGCCGAGCCGCUGGCGAGCAGCGAGGAGAACAGCCGGCGCAUCGCGCGCAUCGAGAGCUGCUUCGGCGCGGCGGGGCGCCCGCUGAUGGCGCCGGGCCGGGUGCUCGUGGGCGAGGGGACGCUCACCAAGCUGUGCCGCAAGGGCCCCAAGCCGCGGCAGUUCUUCCUGUUCGACGACAUUGUGGUGUACGGCGCCGCCGUGCUGGGGAGCCGGCGCUACGCCAACCAGCGCGUGCUGGCGCUGGAGGCGGUGGCCAUCUGCACCCUGCCGGACGAGGGCGAGCUGAGCAACGGCUGGCUCGUGCAGACGCCCGCCAAGUCGUUCAAAGUGUUUGCCGCGACAGAGUCGGAGCGCGCCGAGUGGAUCAGCCACAUCGAGCGGUGCGUGCGCGAACUGCGCGCCAAGCGCGGCCUGCCUCCCCUGCCGGCGCCGUGCAAUUCGCCGGGCCCCGGCGGCGCCUCCUCCUCCACGGCGGCGGUGAUCGCGGCGGCGUCUCCCGCCGACGGCUCGGAGCCGGCAGCGUGGUGGGUGCCCGACUCGUCGGCUUCGGCGUGCAUGCGGUGCCAGCGCUCGCGCUUCAACGCCCUCAACCGGCGGCACCACUGCCGCAAGUGCGGCAUCGUGGUGUGCGGCGCCUGCUCCGACCGGCGCUUCCUGCUGCCCAGCCAGUCGUCGCGCCCGCUGCGCGUCUGCAUCGGCUGCUUCGACUCCCUCACCGCCGCCGCCGUGAUGGCGCCGGCCGGGCCGUGCUCCUCCUCCGCCGCCGACGACCUGGUGGACAGGGUCGCCAAGGUAACCGUCGCCAACGGCAACCGGGGAUCGUCUGGCGCCGCGGAGGAAGGCCGGCCGGCGGUGUCGCGAGGUCGCCGCGGUGACGGCGCGAGGACCUCCAACGGAACGCAGGACUCCUCCGACGACGAUGACGACGACGACGACGAUGACGGUGGUGACGGCGGUCGAGAGGGUGGCAGCGGUGAGGAUUGGGCAGAUAGAAGUCCCAUUGGCAAUCGCACUGGGUUCUACUCAUGAGGCUGCGGGUGAGAGGCUAUUGGGGUGAGGGUUUAGUGGUGUGACUGUUGGAGUGUGACUCUGUCUGUGGGCGUGUGAGGCUAUAGGUUAUUGAGGCUUGGGGUGAGUGAGGCUGUAGGCGAGGUGAGGCUGUGGGCGUGUGAGGCUGUAUUCAACAGGGUUGUAGUGAACAGGGCUUUAGGCAAGUCGGGUUGUAGCCUUAUUACUCCCGACCCUGGCCAUGUGAAACUUUCCGCUAUAAUCGCUGCUCUCUAUACGAUGCCGUGUGUACUCUAAAUCAACCCGCGUGGCUUAGCACUCCCCAGCAUGACUGGACACCUUGUAUGCAUUGUGCCUGUCUUUAGCAUGUGGUGAUGAUGAAGAAUAGUAAUAAUUGACUGUUGCACUUCUGUACUGAAUUAGACAGAGUCUGUGCUAGCGGCUACUGUGUGAAACCUUUAUACACUCUUUCAGCUAUGCAGUGCCAUUGGCAACUAUUAACUACAACCAAAGUUAACUCUGUCCAAACGACUAACCCUUUGCCUCCAUUCCAAGUGCAGUCAUCCAGCGUGAGCGCUUCGUGGUGGGUCACCCGGAGUAACGCCCCACACCUGGAUGGGUGACCGCCACCGUGCGUACGUAGCAGGUUGGCAGAGGAGGGGGGGGGGGGGGCUUGCAGGGGCUGCGUUGUGGGCAGCAGAGGGCGGUGAAGCAUCAUCCGUUGUUGGUGCUCCUCUCUGCUCCUCUGCUCUCACGUCAACAACCCCUCCACUGCUCCCCACCACCUCCACAAACCCAUGAAGGGUGAUCACUUGACCCCCACGACCCUGCACGGCCAGCAGACGGUCGACAAGAGCUGUGGCGGUGUGCGUGAUGCUCUGUGCGAGUGUGCAGCAAAGUGGCAGUGCGCGUGCGUACGUAGGUGCGCGUGUUGAACUUUCUUUCUUAGCACCGCCCGUAGCCAGCCAUGCUUAUCAGAGGCGCGGGGAUGAUGCCGGUUGGGAGUGCAGCAAUGCUGUCCGUCGUUCGUGGCGGUCGUCUGUGUGGUUUUUUGUUUAUUUGUUUGUCGCUUAAGUAAAAGCGGCGUAAUCUGAAUUGGGAGCCGGGCGGUCCGUGAAUGUAAAGCGCCCGCCCCCUCGUGGCCCGGAAACGUCGGAGAUUUUUCGAGAGAGGACAACGCGGCUCAAAACGCAACGGCUCCUUUACCUUGUAGCCACGCACGGUACCUCAAGUUUGAAGUCUCCGCUGAUGAGAACAACAACAACAAUAUGAAGCGUUUUCAAGUCGCCGGCAGUAAUGCCGACGGAUUUGAGACCGCACGAGGAGGCCAGCCUGGUGGGCUCGGAAGCCAGCACGGCCGAGCUCCUGGCUUCAGUGGGACUCUCGCGGUUUGAGCCGCCCGCCGUGGAUUGAACCGGGCUCCUCGGGCGGAGCGAGACGAUGGCGUUGUCUCCGCCAAACAAACCAACCGUGGCCACCGUAGGCCGUGUAGCUACGAGGUGAGGGAGCUGGCCACGUCCUUUUGGGUUGCGUCUCCCUUGAGGCGGCACGCGGUGCCGGACAACUACUGAUGUAGCACACUGACUUGGCACUCGCGGCGGGGGCAGUGGCGUGUCGCGGUGGUUGUAGCGUAGGUGCUGGCGCAAGGAGUUAAAUGGGGCCUUCUCCCCCCCCCCCCGGGUCCAAUUUCCUCCCCCUCCGUAGCCUGGGCCGCUGUGCAGUUGCACCGCCUGCGCACUCGAUAGCCACGCCACUGCCCGUCGUCCAGCGUGUGCGCGCGUAACCCUGUAGAGCGUCUGCCCUGUGGAAUGUACUCGUUCACUAACUGUUGAUUGAUGCUAAUAAUAACAUGAUAGAUGCUUUACAUUAAACGGUCUGUAUUGGCAUGUUUUGGUGUUGGCACUGAAGCAUGUGGCUGAAUGUAUAUCUAUAUAUAUAAAAUCGUUCAUGUCUGUGUGUCUGUGUGUGUGUGUGGACUGCACUUUCAUUGGACGGCGGUUGCCCCUGGCAACGGCUAGCCACGCCUUCGCCGCUUUCAUUGGACGGCGGUUGCCCCUGGCAACGAGUAGCAACUUUUCUCCGCGGGGUGGACGC